UCUCUCUCCCACUGGAGCAGAAGGCAAACGUCUCGCUCGACAUACCUUCGAUGUGACUGCAAGCUCCACCUCUGUAUUGUUAUCGUCUUUAAAAAAAAAAAAAAUAAUAUAUAUAUAUAUAUAUAUAAAAGCGUAGCUAAACGACGUUUUCACCCCCCGGCGGUCUUGAUGUAAAUUAGUGGUGGUUUUGGUUCGAGAGAGGAACAUUUUGAGGAUGAUUUCGCCGUGGGACCGCUGGUACUCGACGAGUUGCUGCCUCUGCUGCCAUGUCCGGACGGGCACCAUUAUUUUGGGCAUUUGGUACAUGCUCAUCAACGCGGUUGUGCUACUCAUCCUGUUGUCAGCCCUCAAUGACCCCGUGCAGUACCGCUACCACCUCACCAGUUCCGAGCUGGGCACCGACGUCGAUGUCAUGGAUGAUGCCAAUAUCUGCAUAGCAACAGCAAUAUCGCUCCUCAUGAUUCUUAUAUGUGGCAUGGCGACAUAUGGUGCUUACAAGCAACACGCCGCAUGGAUCAUUCCCUUCUUCUGCUACCAAAUCUUCGACUUUGCCCUUAACACCCUGGUGGCCAUCAGUGUGGUUGUGUACCCCAACACAGUGCAGGACUAUCUCCAGCAGCUGCCGGGGACCUUCCCUUACAAAGAGGACAUCAUGUCCACCAAUAAUAUGUGCCUCGUCUUCGCAGUCCUCCUUUUCAUUGGCGGCAUCCUCUCCUUCAAGGCCUACCUGAUUGGUUGCGUGUGGAACUGCUACAGAUACGUGAGCGGCCGAGGCACCACCGAGGUCCUCGUCUACGUCACUACCAACGAUACCACGGUUCUGCUUCCACCCUACGAAGAAGUGGUUGCCAUCCCGCCAAAGGAGCCUCCUCCCCAGUACAUGGAGCCUUGAGCCCACCCCCUCCCUUCUCCUUAACCCCCCUGCACCUCCAUCGGUAGCUUUAGCUGAGCCCCGAACGUCGACUCUUGCCGACGUUUCCGUUAGCUUAGCGCCACCUUGAGACAGUAUUUCUGUCAGCGUGACAUAUGGUCCUCCCCGCUCUGCAAGGACACGGACAUGCACUUUGAGUCGGCCGCCAACUGUUAGCCCUCUGAUACUGUGAAUCUCCCUCGUGGUCGAGUGAGGCGCAAGAGCACUUUUUUUUCGUCCCUCUUUGAAUGUAAUGAUGGGGUAUUUUUGUAUGAAUUUUUUUGUAUAACUGUGAAGGUAAAAGGGGUUGGUGGUCGUCCCCGCGAGGAAAUCACGGUCUUCUAAAAGUCUUCCUCUAAACAUGCGUGUACACCUCUAAGAGCAUUACACAAAAACGGCGCGUCUUCCUCCUUUGUGUCUUUUAUUUUUCUACACAUUCAUCUAGCUCGGCAGGGCUCCAGGGCAUUUUUCUGUAAUGAUGUAACAUAGCGCUCUUUGUGUGCAUCACUGACCUUUUUCCAAACAAAUAACGUAUGAGAUCUAACGCAGUGCAUUAGCUUAGCAUAAUAGCACAAAAUGGUAGCGCACGUAAAUCAAAUUGGUAGUAUUUUAUGAAUAGCAUUUGUGUAUGGCAAUAUAAUUUGCUACUUACAUUUUAUGCAAUAGUCCAUUUAAAAAAAAAAAAAAAAAAAACAUUCCGGAUUUAAGAUUAGCCCUACUUUUUCAUUAGUCACAGUAUUUGGUUCCUAACUAAAAUAUACUCUGUAUUGCCAUAGCAUUGGCAUACAGUGUACUAUAUGUAAGUAAAUGAUUCAAUUUUAAAGAAACUGUAUCAACAAACGAUCACUGAAAUAGUCAACAGAGACAAUUUUCUAAUUUCAGAUGUAAGAGUCUAUUUAAAAAAAUUCUGUUUUAACAGUCAAUCGAUGUAUCCCAAACUUUUUCAUAAGUUAUUUGGUUCCUUCUUUACUACAAAAUAUAUUGUGUAUUACCAUAACAUUGGCUUGUAGUAUACAGUAGCUAAUGCUAAAAAAAAUUAUCAUUUCAUGACAAUGAACAAUCUGUGAUAUAGCCUACAGCUAUAGUUCAAAGACAUAGAGUAAUUUAAUACUUUCAGCAUAUGGAAGAAUCCACUUGAAAAAUUGCAUAUUUAAGAGUAUCAGUUUCAGAUAGUUUUUCAUGAGUUACUCGGCUCUUUGGGUAAAAUCUAUCACGUAUUACCAUAACAUCUGCAUUUAGUGUAAACAGGUUAAUGAUAAAAAAUGUUUUUAAUGUAAUUAAUAAUUCAUUAAAAUAGCCCUACAGCAUAAAACUCGACCUGCAACCCUCGCUACGGAAAAACGUAAUGGCAGAGCAACUAUAGUGGGCGCCUUCAUGAGUGAGUCAUGACCACUGCUUUUGCACGUGCAAUAGAGCUGCAAUUAGAGUGAACUCGCACUUUAAAGUGACAGACAUGACAUUGCAUGUCGUCGUGACGUUGCGCCCGGAAAAGUAAAUAAAUAAAUAAAGCUGCAGAGCGGUUUGAUAUUCUAAAGCAGUGAAAGGAGAGCUCAGUAGAGUUGUUGAGUGUAAAAGGCAAAAUGGCAGAAGUUGGGGUGGCUGAUGCCUCGGUCUGUAAUUGUCAGAAUCCCUUUGACUGUCCUUUGUUAUGAUCCAGUGAUGUGUCCUCAAUUCUAAUAAGUAAUUAAAAACAUGAAAUGGUGUCAACUGA